AUCAAAUUUAACCCUAUUAAAUGAAUCCCAUCAAAAAACAAAACUCAUUUACUAGGCUUCUCAACAUUUUUAAUCUUUCAUAUAAAUUGUAGCACUUCUUGUUUUAUUACAAUCAAUUGAUAUUUGUAUUUCAUUCCAGCAAUGACAGUUACUCGACAAGUUCAUAAGAAAGCUUCACCCAAUGGAAAGCUUACUCUUAUUUUGGUUAAAAGAGAAAUAUUGAGUCAUAUUUCAUAUGUUGAACCAAUAGAAGGUGUUAUUGUUUAUUCGGAUGACAUUGCUAAAUCCAAAAUACAUGGUCAAGUGAUCGUUACUUUCCGUUAUGGUCGUGAAGAGGAUGAAAUAUUGGGAUUACAUUUUAGCAAGGAACUAUUUCUUGUAUCACAAGAGAUUUAUCCCCAUGGACCUGCAUUUACACCUUCUAAAAUUCAAACCAAGCUGGUUAAUAAGUAUGGACCAAAUGCUGUCCCAUUUGCGUUCAAAUUGAACAAAAAUACACCUCAAACGGUUAUCAUUCAACCAGAAGAAGGGAGUGAAGGACAGCCCUGUGGAGUCUAUUACAAUGUUAGAGCUUUCGUUGAAGACUCAGAAGGAAACAGAUCAAAACCAGAUAAAAGACAAACCGUUGAGAUGGCAAUACGUAAAACUGAGGUUGCACCAAAGGGUAAAAGUCGUCAACCAUCAUGUAUCAUCCGUAAAGAUUUCCUUCUAAGCCCAGGAGAGUUGGAAUUGGAGGCAACUCUGGAUAAACCUCUUUACUAUCAUGAUGAACCGAUGAACAUAAAUCUGUCCAUCUCAAAUUAUUCAAACAAAUCUAUUAAAAAGAUAGUCGUCUUAGUUUUACAACACAUUGAUGUGGCCAUGUUCACUUCGGGUAACUAUUCAUCAUCUCUUGUCUCGAUUGAAAGCCAAGAAGGAUGUCCGAUUAAUCCUGGUUCCACUUUGAGCAAAACUUUCGUGGUUACUCCUAAGUUUAAUGGUGUUAAUGGUCGAGGGAUAGCCAUCGAGAACGCAUUACCAGGGGAAGAUAAAAAACUUGCUACUUCUACUCUAUUAAGCUCAGAGCAGUCCAAGGAAGACGUUUUUGGUAUUCAAGUUUCUUAUUGUGUUCGCAUUAAACUGCAAAUGGGUGCUCUUGCUGGUGAAAUGGUUGGUGAACUGCCAUUCUUGUUGAUGCCGCAAUCAGCAAAGGCUGCGAUUGGGGAUAGCUGAAUUAUUUUGUUUUCAAUGUGUUCUAUCUAAUUCACUAAUAAAGUUGUAAUUUUAGA